ACGGCGUGUGUUUUUGUGUCAAGAUUUUUUAUGCUCAAGUAAGUUCGGUUGCAACGUUGAACGAAGUAAGUUCUUGCUCGAAUUUCUUUUUGUUGAACAUCAAGUGUAGCCCACGCUGUGCUGUCUUUACGACGGACAUACUCUGGUCUUCAGUUUGUUUGGAAUUGGCUGGCGGAGAGAAGAUUGUGAGAGCCGGUGGCUCACCUAUUAGUUCAUUUCGUUUGUUCGUGGGCAUCGGAACGAUAAGUGAGCGCCACAAUGGCCUCAUUCUUUCAGAGAGUAUUAGAUUGGAUCAAGAGUUUGUUCUGGAAGGAGGAGAUGGAAUUGACCUUGGUUGGCCUCCAGAACUCUGGAAAAACUACCUUCGUCAAUGUCAUUGCAUCUGGUCAAUUCAACGAGGAUAUGAUUCCAACAGUUGGUUUCAACAUGAGGAAAGUAUCGAAAGGAAACGUUACAAUCAAGCUUUGGGACAUUGGUGGCCAGCCGCGUUUCCGCAGCAUGUGGGAGAGAUACUGCCGUGGUGUUAACUGUAUAGUAUACAUGGUCGACUCGGCGGAUCAGGAGAAGCUCGAUGCAUCUCGGAAUGAGCUCCACAACCUGUUGGAGAAGCCCCAACUGCAGGGAAUUCCGAUUCUUGUACUUGGCAAUAAGAAGGACUUGCCAAAUGCUCUGGACGAGAAGGAUCUCAUUGCACGACUAAACCUUCAAGCAGUCCAGGAUCGCGAAAUCUGCUGCUACUCCAUCUCCUGCAAAGAGCGACAUAACAUUGACAUUACACUACAGUGGUUGAUUCAGCAUUCGAAGAAGAGCGGAUAAGUAUUGGCCAUUGCUCUCCGCUGGGCCUUUUUCACGCUUCUGUUCUACCCAUUGCUUGUUUCCUAGAUAUAGUGCUGCUGAUUAUCCUGCUCCAAUGAUCAGUUGACUCCGUUGGCUUAGAUGUACAUGUGAGUGAGAGAGAGAGAUAAAGAGCCCUGCUCUACCGUAGCCCUGUCGUCUUGUCCUCCUGUAGUGCUGUGGAGGGCAUUAGCUUCGAUGUGACCAAGUCUCUUUAGUCAUCAGUCUGCCUGGGUGCCUGUCCCCUCGGACCACGAGGCCACUUUGAACCCAUCAGUCAUAGUGUUGGUGUCGUGUACCAUUCGCUGUAUCCGUAUCCCGAAGAUUGACCGAAACGGAACAAUGGAAUUGCUUUGAUUUUUGUAUUUCGCCAUGCACUCGUCCUACCCUACUGAGUUCCUCUUCCCUAGUUUGCUGCCAAUGCUGCCGGGGUACGAAUCACUUACUACUCUGGUAGACGUUCGACCUUUGUCUAUGCGCAUCCUUAUUUUUCCCCUCUGCCUGUUUGCAUACAAUUGAAAUAUUUUUUUUUAAGACCUAUUGCCAAAGUCCUGUAUCUGUACGUGUACAUGUUCGCUGCACUUAUCCAAAUUCUAAAAUUGCCUGGUGAUUGUCACCUGUUCCGGUGUUACAGUGCUGGAUGCUGAUGAUUACUUUUUUCCCUGCUCUUGGUGUUGGUCAUGGCUGUGUGUGCGGGUGUGUAUGUUUUUGCGUCCAUUACGCCUUGUAAAUCUAUAUGCACAUUCUGGGCUCUCUUCAUUUUUCUGAAUAUUUCGAUGAAGCAUGGUAAAUUGUCCAGAGGUAAAAAGAGUGUAUUGGCUUCUUGAUAACAUGA